UUCCGCGGGCAGCUCGUGGGAACGCGACAGGCCCGGCUGCUCUGUGUCCUUCCAUCUCUUCGUCCUCCUGCAGAGCCCAGCCUGCUGAAGGGCUCCCAGAGGCGGAAUGGCUGUGGGGUGCCCUGCUGAGAGCGGUGGACGAUCCCGUGGGUUUUACGAGGUCCUCGGAAAGAGUUUGGAUGAGGGCUUUGCAGCGGGCCGCAUUGUGUUGUCAGAUGUGGACUUGCAUUCUUGGCUGCCUUUCUCCCCAUCAGGUGUGACCCAAUGGACGCUGUGCCGGUGCCCUGUCUUGAAAAAAACAGGUAUCUGCGAGCCACAGAUAGAAAAGUGGCUUGUCGUGUGGCUUUGUGUAAGGUGGAAAUAACUGCAUCUUAGGCUUCUGCUGGAGCUGCUGGGCAGCGCUGGUGUUCAGUCAACGGUGAAGCCCCGAAGCCAGCGGCCUUCCCCCAGAAAUAGGGUGGCUUUGACUUUUUGUUGGGAGCAUCUCUUUUCCUUCUAGGUUUCUGUCUUUCACAUCCAAAAGCUGAACACUGGACACCAUGAGGUGACGGAGAGCAGCAGGGACAGAGUGUGUGCAGAGCGAGGCACCCAGACAGCCAGGCUGGAGCAGGAGAGGCGCAGGAAUGCCUCCGUGGGAGGGCUCUGCCUUCUAAUUCAAUAGCAGCCUUAAUGGAGGCAUUGUGAGCUCCUCGGGCGGAGCUGUUAAACUUACACUCAUCUUGUAAAAGCGUUCACUUGCAUGUUUGUUUUUCAUGUGGUUAUUACUUGCAGUUGUGGCGGCUGUGAUCUCUGUGGAGGCUGAAGGCACAGUGCUCCUGGCUCAUCCCGAGCUCUGUGCCUCUGCUGCUGUGGUAGCGUGGGUCAGCUUUGGUUGAGCUGAAGUCCUAUAGUAAGGUGGGGUCAUAGUGAACUGAGGGGGCUGCUGAUUUGGGAGCAUCUCUGGUGUGUUUUCAGGUGUUUGGGUGCUGCUCAGCUGUUGUCUUCUUGCUCCACUGCUGAGUGUAGUCUGUGGCAGCUGGGGGCUGGAGCACAGAUGUGUUCAGCAAUGUUUGCCCACAUCUCUGUGCCUGUCAGUGUGCUCCAAACCCAUUGACCUGGUGGCAGAACAUAACAAAACGCAAAAUGAUUUUCUUUUACAAAAGGUGAGAUGGAAACUCUGAGUGGGGGAAAGCUGAGGUUGGUGGUGAAUGGCACGCUGCCCAUCUCUCCCCUUAAAAACAAGGCCCUGCCACACAUGCAAGUGCAUUGUGUCCACCUACACUGUAGCAUUUUGCUCACCAUAGGACCCAGCCUGCCUGAUUAAGUAUGUAAAUGCAGCACACUAAUUACACCCUGCUGGGGUGAGAGUCGGCAUGUCCUGCUGUGGAUGUGGUCACACCAGGAGGAAAGGCCGGGGACAAGCAUCACCAGCUCCAGGCACACAGAUACCUGCCCACAUGGUGCUGCACGUCGGUGUAAUUAUUGCAGUGACAAACAACUGGAGAAAAUCACAGCUCUGAGUAAAGGAAUUUUACAACUAUAAAGCUUUUGCUAAAUCGGGCCUCAGGAUUGAAACUUUGAAGUGCUCUAGUUGUCUUUGUUUCUGAGACAGAAUGACAUUGAUACGCGGCUUUCCGACAAAACGGUUUCUGUGGCAUGCUGGUUUUACUGUAACAAAAAUCAUUAGCACAACAGUUUAUUUGAGGAUAGCGGCAGCACGUUUUAGCAGUUCCAUGCCUGUCGGUAUUGACAGCUGCAAUAACAUCCCUCUGUAAACUGAGGAAUUAAUGGCACGAAUAUGCAGGAGUGUCCUGGAAAGGACUGCUGUUUGUUUGUAAGCAGUGCUUGGGGAAAUGAGAUGGAGCGAAGUUUCCAUGUGGGGCUCACAGAAGGAGCCGGGCUGUGCUGUUCUGGUGGUGCAGGGCUGUGCUGUGUGUGCUUGGGGCUUCGGGGCACCAUGUGCAUUUCUUGCUGCCUCUGUUUGCAGAGGCUUUGAUUUCUGUUGCUGCAUAGGGAAAGACCGUGGGAUGGCUAAGGGAGCUCAGAGCGUGUUGUGUGGGGAGAGUUUGGAGGGUUUGCUUGGCCUAGGGAAUGAGAACUGCAUGUAGGGGUGAGGAUGCUGUGGGUUGAAUGCUGCUGAAGGAAAAAACAGCAUGUAACGUGUAAGAUAAAGGAUGUAUAAAAUGGCCACGGAUAAAACUACAUUGGAAAAUGGAAGAUGGUUUGCGAUUCUCAGGGCCGUUGACUUCUGGGGCAGGCUCAGAGUGCUCUGGAGAGACGCUCCCAACUGCUUUGUGGAGGAGCGUGGGGUCAGUGGGGAGGGAUUGCACAGCUGCAGCAGGAGGGAGACUCGGUCCCUGGGGACGUACCCAUCCCGCUGCAGCGUCACAGCGAGUUCCCUGCGUCUCAGCUGAGACCCUUCCCAGGAUGGUAGAAGGAGGUCUUUUGUUUGUAUGUGCGUUCAGAAUGUGCUGAACUGCUGCUUGAACACACCGUGCUGCCUGAAGGCGUCUGGAGCAGGCGUGCACCCUGCCAUGCUGCUGUGCUGUGUUCUCCCAGCCACUGCCCUGACCGGUGCCAGACGCCUCCUGCUGCACGGGGCUUCGUGUGCCUCACUGUGCCUUUGUCUCCAUCACUCUGCACCAUUGUUUGGGCAGUGAGACAGAUGGGGCUCAUUCCCAUUCAGAGCUGGGACCCAGCUUGUGUGGCCUGCUGUUAGUGAGGCGUGCAGCUCCUGCAGGGAGUCCUGGGGAUGCAGCCCUUGUAGCACCGUGCCCGGCUUUGCUCUGCACGUCUUUGCAUUUCCAGCAUGGGGAAGACGUGCCAUGUUCUCCAUAGAGGAGGGAGAAAGAAGCCUGAUGUCAUGGUGUACAACACGUGGCCUGCUGGAGGAGGCUGCUGUCAGGAUCGCAUGCUGCCAGCGCUUCCCAGACUGCUGGGGAAAGUGGUUUAAGGAUGAGAGCAACCUGUGAGUUAGGGUGAGGGGAUGCCUUGUCUGAUGCCAGCCCUACAACCAGCAUUUAGGCAGUUAUCCUGGAUUACAGAAAUCCGUGCUCUUGCUGUGAGUGCUUCUGCAUCCUAAUCCUGGCGACAAGACAGAAGCUCCCCUGUGAGUUGGAUCAGCCACGAUGCUUUCAUCCCUGUGCCUGCAAGAAGAUUCUACCACCAUUGUUUCCAGCUAGAAACACGAGAACCGAGCAGCUGCCAUGGAAACAGGCUGCACAGAGGAAGCUGCCAGGACCCGGUUGCAGUCUGCAGCAUGCAGGCAGUGCAAGGGCGGUGAGCAGCAGCCGGAGGAGAAUGUUGAGCAGCUGUCCCAGCAGAGCGAUGCCUCAGCCGUGGCUGCAGAGCAGCAGCAGCUCCCGGCACCCUCUGGCAAGCUGAAAAAAACUGCUUUCAAGUUAUUUGGAGGGAAGAGGAGUAUAUGUACACUGCCGAGUUUCUUCAGCAGCAGAAACAAAGGCCAGGGGAAAGGAGCUUCUAAAAAGGGGCUCAGUAAAAGUAAGACCCACGAUGGGAUCAGCGGCACUGCAUAUGAUGAGGGCAGUGGGGCACAGUUGGAAAGCCCUUCAGAUGGAAGCAGGGAUUCCCAUCCUUGCCUGCUGCCAAGCUCCCAAAGCGUUCACGUGGCCAUAGACAGCAGCAUCAAGUUUGAUUUUGGCAGGCAGGAUGGCUCUCCACCAGGGAGUAUUGAGGGCUAUGAGAAGAAGCCCAACGGAGACAAGUCAUCCUUCCCCAGACCAAAAAAAGGCCUGAAGGGACUUCUGAACAGCAUCCGGCGUCACCGUAAGAGCAAGAUUGCUGAGUGUGAGAAAACAGAGCUCUCUGAGUGGCCUGGGGAUUCGGAGGAGACCAGCAAAGCUCAGGGCACAAAAGCGGAAACUCCUGGAGCUGUGGAGGAAGGAGGACCCGGGUCUGUCCCUCUUGCUGCAGCCUGCCCAGGAAGCUCAGCAGGUAACUGCUUGGUGCGCACAGCAGCUGACUUUGGGGAGGCUGCUGAGCCAGACUGGCUCCAGGCUGAUAAGGGCGGCUGUGAGGGCGAUGUGGUGGUAGUGCCUGGGGGCAAGGAUGAUCUGGAUGCAAAACCAGAGGUAGAUGCUGUUGUCUACACAGAGUCCAACUACAGCCAUCUCCCUGUGGCCCUUCAUCCAGACAACGACCCUCCCUCGUUACAUUCUGGGGACCAGCUGAGUCUCCUCUUUGGAGACGUCACAUCCCUGAAGAGCUUUGAUUCCCUUACUGGGUGCGGAGACAUCAUUGCCGAGCCUGACAUCCUCAGCAUUGCUGAGAGCACGAUCUCUGUGGAGCGCAGCCGAGACACUGCUAAACGGAGCCCAUGCCUUGUCACCUACCAGGGAGGUGGGGAGGAGAUGGCCAUGUCUGAGGAGGAGUACCUCCAGCAGAUGUGGGACAGCACCGCAGAAGAGGGCAGGAGCUAUGAAGCCCCGCUGCCUCCUGCUGUGAGCAGUCCCGAACUGCAGGCAGUGAGUAGCAAGCUGGAGACAUGUGGUCUGCGUGAGGGGGAGGUCCACCCCUAUGCUAGUGGGGCAGUGGAUGGGGUCGAGCUCCUGACACCGCAGAGCGACCAGCAAGAGUCCGCACCUAAUAGUGAUGAGGGAUAUUACGACUCCACCACGCCAGGACCAGAGGAUGAGACUGGGGAUGGACUUUGUGAGAUCAAGAAGGACCGUCUUCCCAGAGACAGCUACAGUGGUGAUGCACUUUAUGAGUUUUACGAGCCUGAUGACACACUAAUGAGCCCCUCUCAUGGGGAGCAAUCCCUGUUUGAGAGCAAAGUCUCUCAUCCAGAGAUCUUCAGCUACUUCUUGGACUUCUGCCUCCCUUCUGAGAAGAACUUGAUCCAGAUGAUGGAUCAGAAGAGGGGGGUUAUGGAAACCGAAGAAGAGCGGCUAGCUGCCAUUCAGAAAGAGCUGCUGUUUUGGGAGCUGCAGAGGGAACCAGGCUUGAAACGACUUGAUGCUCCCAGCAAAGAGAAGUGUCCCAGGGAAAAGCAGCAUGUUGAAUGUAAAACUAGAGCAGCCAACUUGAUUGGCAAAAAUCAGAGUUGCCUUGGUAGUGAGCAGAUUGCUUCUCAAGCUCUGAACAGGAGUGUGAGUGGUGGGAUUUUGGUGGCUAGAGCUGAAAAUCCAGAGUGGAGUGAUUUUCCAGGGCCUUUGUGUCCAGAGAACUGUUACAACAGCCAAAAAGCCCAAGGAAGUUGCCUUAUUCAGCUCAUGAAGAACAACCCAGGAUUUAGCUCUGAUCCAGACUGUGCAUUGUUUGGGGGGUCCCUCCAUGGCAGUGCAGCUUCAGCCAAACCGGGGAUGUUCCCCAGCCACAGACCCCUGGAGCAUGAGGGCUGCUCGCAGAGCGACCACCACGGUGGGGUGGAUGCUGCUGGCAGAGAGCCCCAGGCUGACCGUGAGUGCGAACCUGAGCACGCCAUGAGCUUCUCACAAGCUCUGGUGGAGUUCACCAGCAGUGGCACCCUCUUCUCCAGCCUGUCGGAAAGCCUGGGCAGCUCUGACUCUGGCUCGUCCUUCACUCAGAACCUCCCCGUCCUCCCCACCAUGGUCACAUUUGACAUUGUCGAUGUGGAGCAGGAAGGGGAAGGGGAGUGCGAGCAGCACCUCGAGAUGAACGCUGAUGAAGACAUGGCUGCAUCCUUUGAGGCCUUCGAUGAGAGCUAUGUGCAGAAGGAGUCGUUUGCUGAAUGUGACGAGAGAAUGUUCCUGGGGUACCCCCAGGGCUCCUUCCAGAGCUGUAACUGGGGGGUAGCCAGCCUGCCCCGGCACCUGCGUCUGCAUGAGCUCAGCCCUGCCAUGCCAGCACCGCUCUCCCUUAACAGGAGGAGCAGGUCGCUUGACACAGAGAGCCUGGAGUUUGAACUUGCAGAAUUGCAGAUUUCCAAGAACGGCCUUAAGCCUUGCCAGCUGUGGUCAAAAUGGGACAAAAAGUACUCCGAUGGAGCAAGAAGGAGCAGGAGCAAAGAGGAGGCAGAACUGUCAGCUCCCGAAGGUGGGGAGGCCAAUGGUGUGCUGAGCUGGCCGGGCUUGCAGCACCUCCAGUACAAUGCCGAGCUGGCUCCUGGGGGGAUCAAACACUGGGGUUUUGCUUCAGCUGCUGGGAUGCAGAGCAGCUGGGAGCCAUCUGAUCGGUCAGAUGCAGACUCCCCCUUUUUGCCCCUUUCAAGGAGCAGUGCCAGGGAAACUCUGGAGAGGCAGCCCCAAGAUGUGGAGCCAAACAGGCUCCUGGUCAGGCCAUCCAACUUACCUCUGCAGCCUGACACGAGGCAGCCCCAGGAGGCGUCUGGGUCAUAUAGGUAUCACGGAGAAGCCCCGGCCAAAAAGCUCGCACGUGUGCUCCCGCUGGGGGAGCCAGAGCCACCGCAGUGCAUCAGCUUUGCCCAGUCCCCAGAGAAACCAGCCAAGUGCAAACCUGUCGGCGUCACCCAAGGAAUGCCCCACUUCCAUGACAGCAACGACACCGAAACCUUAAAAAGCUCAGCCUGCUUCACAGAGCGCUAUGGGAGUGCUGGCAAAGAGCUGCUGAAAGCGAGAGCUGCGCCGGGGAGCGCGCUGCCCAGCGGCUGCCUGAGCACUGCAGUGAAUUGCGACCCACCACUCUCGAACACAGUACACGAUGCAAAAUGUGGUAGCAGCCCCAGUGCACAAUCCCAUUGCUGCUAGAAUAAAAUCUGGAAAUGGACCCAUUUCUAGUACGGCAGGUUUGUUCUCUGCAGAUGAAGGGGCACCAUCACCUUUAAAAAAAGAAGCUGAGCAAUUGGCAGCUGUGAAGGAGUGAGGAGCAUUGCUGCGCUGUGACCUCGCUCGCUGUGUCGGUUGGCUGUGAGCGGUCACUUCUCCCACAUUGGGGUUUCUCACCAUAGGGCUGGGCUGCAGUGCGUGCUGUGGUGGACAUUCCUGGAGUCUCCACUUCAGAGCUGCAGCCAGGAGAGCAUGUCCUAGGGAAGCUUACAAAACAAGUUGGAUUUCUUCCUCUUCUCUGUGAAACACUGUUUUUUUUUGACAAAUUUUUAACAUCUUCCAUCUUGAUCUUGAGUUGGGGAGCUGCAGAGGAAGGAUGCAGGUUAUUUUGAGAGCAAGGACAGGGGGCAGUUCAGCCGCAAGGGCAACUUUGCUGUCACUUUUUUUUUCCUGCCUGAAAGGAAAGUAGGAAUGUUUGUGUGCGUGCUGAUGACGCUUUCCAGUUCUAGCUUUAACGUGCUCAAGAAUACAGUGUGCAGAGAGAUGUUCUAUUGAUGGAUUCCUUUUCAAGAACAAAGUGUCAGUCCCUUUCUUCUGUCAUGGUCUCUCUUCAUGGUGUGUAAUUCCCAGCUGACACCUUUCCUAUGCCUUGUCCCCAGCCUCUCCCAGGCCAAGGGCACGUGUAUGACUUCUCUUAAAUAAGCUAAACUUGCAUUGGGCCUGUAGCUGUAAAGUUGCUGUUGCUGUGUCGCUUUUUGUUUUACAUUUUGUGUUUAUUUUCUUUACACAAACUCAUACGAGGAAAGUAUUCUAUUAAUUGGAAUACAGGAUGUAGCACAGCCUAAAUUAGGCUUCAUAACUUCUUCCUUCUAAUGGGAGGGAACAAAAAUGCUGAAGAUUGCUACAGGCUUUUGAUUUUCUUUUUUUUUUUUUAAUUCCUCUUUUGAACAAAUGUGGAGAAGGAACACAAGCAUAGGAGACCAACGUUCUGAGGAGGUUGUCAGAGCUCUUGGAAACACGUGCUGGAGGAUAGCAAAGCAGAGCUGACAUUUUCCUGAAGAGGUUCUCAGUGUCCGUGUUGAUCUGAAGCACGUUAGUCUCUAAACCAAACCUUCCCUCAAGCUGAUCAGCUUCAGAGCAGAGGCGGGUGCCAAGGGACCUUUUGCAGAAUCAUAGCCUCUUGCCAUCGGGCAGAAGGAAAGGACUUAAGAGAUGGAGGAAUGGAAACAGGUCCCUGCACAGGGUAGCUGGCAAACCUCCCUCCCCCCUACCCCAGCCUACCUUGCCUUCCCAGAUGCUGUUGCACAAUAGGUAUGCAGCUCUGGAAUUUAAGAGAAGCAGAUGAGGAUGUUGGUGAACAUCCAUCCAGGAGAUUCUGUACGGUGAGUCAGUCACCCAGAAACUCCAAAACUGCCUUUGCCAGGAAUAGAAGAAGGGUGAUUGUCAUAGGGGACUCUGUUCUGAGGCGAACUGAGGGCCCAAUUUGCUGACCAGACCCUUUUCUUUCCCACAAGAAAGUCUGCUGCCAACCUGGGGCCUGGGUCACGGACGUCACCAGGAAGCUCCCUGGUCUGGUGCAGCUCUCUGGUUGUUACCUGCUUCUGGUAGUGCAGGCUGGCGGUGCUGAAGUUGAGGGAAGAAGCCAAAUAGCCCAGCUCAAGUGCACCCACAUCACUGGUGAUGAACUGUGGGGUGAGACGGCACAAUCGGAGGGGCUGCGUGCUGCUGAGAUCCUUCAUUCUGCUCCACGAGGUGCUGGGUACGAUGAAGCGCAUCUGAAACGCUUGUACACCAACACACCCUGCAAGGAACAAGCAAGAAGAGCUUAAAACCCUUGGCUCAGUCCCAGAGCUACUACAUCAUUGGUGUAAGCAAAACCUGGUGGGAAGGGUCGUGUGGCUGGUGUGCUGUGAUGGGCGGUUACAGGCUCUUCAGAAAAGAUAGGCAGGGCACCAAGAAGGCGGUGGGCAUGGCUGAGAGCUGCAGGAGUUCAACAAGGGUCUGGGCAGUGCUCUCACACACAGGUCUGGUUUUUGGGUGCUCCUCUGUGGAGCCAGGAGUCUGACUUGAUGAUCUGUAGGGGCCUCUUCCAACUUGGGAUAUUCUGAGUCGCUUUCUGUGGCUUAAAAAACUUCUUAUUUCUGUCCAACUGACUGAAAGUCAGUUACUGAUGAAUUAGGUGUCCUUUUUCCCAAAUUGCCAAUUUUCUGCUUCUCUUUGCAGCGGAAGUUGUAACAUUAAAUAAAUCACAAACUGAAAAUAGGGCAGUGAUGCCCUUCUCCAGAGCCUGGCACGCCAUGGGGGUGGCAGGGCUCUGCUCAGCACUGCUGUGGAGCUGAGUCCUUCCCCAGAGCAGCUCACCGCCCGCUGCCCACAGCUGCAGCACAGAUACACACGUGGCUGUGGUUGGAAAGGCGGGCAGCUCCCUGGUACUGCUCUAGUUGUAAGGUACCAAGGCAUGAAGAGCUUUUCUGUUUUGUUUUCCUAAGCAAAAUGGGUCCUAUGAUUUCUUCUUGAGAUGAGGCUUCUUACUGUCCUGUCCUUGCAUGUCCAUGAAGGAACAGGGAAAGGCAGAGCUGGAAUUCCUUAUGGGCAGCUCCUCUUAUGUGUAUGUUGUUGUUUGUUUUCUGAACAGAUUCCUGAGGCUUGAGCAGACCCAUCUGUGUGUCCUUGGGAUUAAACCUUCAUUUUUCAGUGUUUGUGCCACAAGCAUCCCCUAACAAAUGCUCCUAACUCCCUCUUGCUCAGAGUGAGCUCAGCCGAGCUCUGCUGCAACUCAGUGCCAGUUCCAAAGAGAGGAUCCUGUAGUUAUCACUGGCAACACAGAGCUGUCACAACACAAAUAGGUGCUCACUGGAAUUGCUUGGCCUCCGCAGUGGCCUCGUACAGGAAUUUUAACCAUUAUCUCGUUUUACCGUGUCACCAAAGGCAUCUUGUGGCUCACAGGGGUUUUGCGCGGUGUUUUGUUGUAAAUGGUGCAGCCUUUGCCAAAGUUCUGGUGAAGGAUGAAAGUGUCUCAGUGCUAAAAUGAAUGUUCAGUUGCAAAUGCAUGUCUGUAGUAAUAAUUAUUUUGGUUGUAGGUACGUAGUGGGGAGACUUAUUGGACAACAGUUCCUAGACUCUGAUGUGUGAAAGCAAUACAGCCAAGACUUGAUAAUCUGACUUUAUACCAAAGGUUUCUCCUCUUAAUUUGAUUUGAACUAAACGAAUCAAGUAUCUGUUGAUUUAAAAUGAGGCUUCUAAAAGCAUUUUUAAAAUAAUUUAUUGAAUUAUUGGAGUAUUCUGCCCCAUUAACCCAAAGAAAUAAGCAUUUUCAAUUUACUAACUUAGUCUGUAAGUUGUCACUGCCAUAGAUUGGAUUUCAGUACCUAAUGUUUUCCUUCUUCUAUAAUACCUUUCUGCUAUGGAAUAGAUAGGACCUGAUCUUCCCACUGUGCUUUACUAGUAGGGAGUUACAAAGGGACUACAGGUUGAAUGCCAAAUACAAGCUCCUGGGUCUUGAUCUUGUCCCCCUGUGGCUUUGGGAGAGGUUUCUCACAGAUAGUCCGAAUUAACACAUUGCUAGAGGGGGGAAAUGCUGGUUCUUGUGUGGUGUUAACCCAUUUUCAGAAGCAGUGCAUCUUGGAAUGAAAGGAUAAGCUUUAAGGGGGUCCUUUGUCCUUUCUCUGACCUACCAGGCUGUUUGUUGAUGAUUGGGAAUGCUUAGUGGCCAGCCUUUGUUGAAGCCAAACAGAAGAGGAUUUGGUGUCAUAGGGAGUGCUUAGAGCAAGUUAUUGUCCCACUGAGUGGGAUGCCAUGGCUGCUCUGUGGUAUGGGGCAGGGGCCUGGGAGGACACCCUUAUGGGUUGUGAGCUCUUGGAGCUCUUUGACCAAUGCUGACCUCUUAAUGAGCGUGAUUUUCCUAAAAAUGUGACGGAGGAAUUUCCCACCUGAGUCCUUGGACCACAUGGGAGCUAGAAGCAGUCAGACCGCUCACUGAGGGCUGCAGCUUCUCAUUUCUGGCUCAAGCCAUCAUCAUCUAACCUGGUAAAAUACAGACUUACCAAGGAACCUGAGCUUGAGAGCAGUAAUUCUUGCACAAAAGAGGUCUGCGGAGACAGAAAUGAGGCAUACAGCCCGGGGUGAGCAGCUCAGUCUGGCCGAGGUGUGGAGGAACACCCCCUAAGCCUCACGGAGCUCAGUGCAUCCAGGGAAAGCCUUGGAGAGGUGGGUCGUGGCUGUUUGCUGCCGACCAACCCCUGACCAGGUCAGCCUACCAAGUAGCUCUGUAUUGCGUUUUGGGGACUUUGUUUGUUUGUUUUUUAUAUACGCAUAAGAAAACGGUCGAUUUUAUCUAUUUUUGUAUAGUUUUGCAUUUUAUAUUCAUGGGGAAAUUUUAUGGACUGUUCUUUUACUUACGUACGUUAUGUGUUUCAAAAUGGUGCGGUUUACAGUUCUGAUGGAGAAACAGCAAUUUAUUGCUGCCACUGCUGCUGCCACUGCCUGUGCAAUGCAAGAGACCCACGUUGCUCCCCACACCCCCGUGCAGAGUGCUGUUUGGCGUCGUCUGAAGGAGCAGCUCUAGAAAUGAGAAGCCAAUCCACUGCCACUGCACACUCCGUGUGGACACCGCCAGGAUGUCUGUUUUGAUACUGGUUUGUCACUCUUGUCAGCUGUUUCUUAGCUUUGUUUUGAAUCUGAAUUUGUGCACCGUGGUGAUUUUUCCCUGAAAGUGUUGUUGGUUGUCUUUAAACAAACGCCCAAACCGUGUGGAUUUCAGUUUGGGAAUUCUCUGUGUGCUUCAAUUAUGUUGUCCCAAACCGGGCUCUCCUCUGUUCUCUUCAGCCAUUGCAGGGCAGGAGGUGCUGUUGGCUGCUCUGGGGUGAUGGAGAAAUGAGUGGAACAACAUUGCCUUGAACUGUGGGGUCACAACCAAAAGGAGAGCUCUGCGUAUGCUCAGACCCAACACUAGUUAAUGUGGAUUAUUUUUUUUUUAAUGGAAUGAAUAUGCUGCUUUGUUUGCCUGACUCAGUGCCCCUGCAGAGUUUGCAGCCCUGUGUGGGGUACGAGGCUGACAUAACUCUGCAGAAGGUCGUGAUGAUCAGCUGAGCAGAGAACAAUGCCCAGCGCUCAUGUGCAAAAAGAAAAAGCUGAAAACCCAUUUGUCCCUUCUUCCCCCCUGAGCCAACACCAGCAGAGGUGGCAGUUCCAGGCUGAGACGUUUGGCUCUGCUCGGAUUUCUGUGUCCUUUAAUUCAGCAGCUCUUAACAAACAGGGGCACUGUUGGGGUUCCUUAGGAUGGAUCAGGGCGAGAUGGCAGCUCUCCUGGCAUCUGAUCCCAGGGCCCACAGUGCAGGCAGCACAUGGGAACCGAGGGGAGCCCAAGGGAAGCAGAGCUGCCCCAGCUCUGUCCCUGUGUCCCCGUUGCAGCCAUGCAGGGAGCCCCAUCCAGCCCGGCUGCGUGCUGCCCUGUGCCAGGUGCCAGGUUUGGGGCUGUUCUGUUUUCUUUUGGUCUCAUUGCUACUCAUCCUCUUGACUUUUUAAUGUACUGACUGUGUUUUAAACUGAAUGUUCCUUUCACUGAAUUCUAACAAAUAAACUUCAGAUUUUUAGAGAA